UGCAUGCUGAAGCUAUCAAAGUGCAUGCAAAUUUUUCUCUCAAUUGACUGACAGCUACAUACAUACAACCUCGAUGUUAUUUCCUUAGCCUCAUUUCAUUUCUUCCAUAUGUAACAGGCUGCUGCAGUCUUAAACCUACACCAACCAGGCUAUGGCAUUAGUACCCUUGCACCAGACAGCCCAAGCUCCUUGCUUCUCGACUUCGAUUUACGAUUUAAAACACCCAAUAUUUAAAGGUACAAGAAUAGCACAAAUGGCCCUCCAACGCCACAUUACCAGAAGAAGAGCGACAACAAACAUUUUGGCAGCUUCAGUUGGGGUGCUGGCAAUGGAAGCAAUAUCCUGUCAACAAACUGGCACUGCUAGUGGCUUUGAUUUUGGAAUGACCGCACCUGAACAGACGCUAGAAGAGGCUGAGAGCGGGAUUAAAGGGCACGCCCAAAGUUUGAUACAAGUGAAAGAAUUGUUGGAGGCAGAGUCAUGGAACGCGGCGCAAAGGGCACUGCGGAAGUGCUCAGCAUACCUAAAACAAGAUAUAUACACCAUUAUUCAAGCUAAGCCUGGAAGUGAGAGGCCUGAGCUGAGGAAGUUGUAUUCCGAUCUAUUCAAUAGCGUCACGAGACUGGAUUAUGCAGCAAGGGAUGAGAAUGUGCCACGUAUUUGGGAUUGCUAUGGCAAUGUUGUUUCAGCCCUUAGCAAUAUCUUGUCAAGAUUAUAAUUGUUGUAUUGCUUAUUUUGCCCCUGAUACAAUUAUGGACGGCACUCAAUUAUGAUCUCUGUGACUGCUUCAUUUUUUUUUUUUUUCAAUUUAAA